UUCGCCUAGUGGUUUUCUCUUCGAGUGGUGGUCUGUCUUCUGGGACAUAUAUAUUGCAAGGACCGAUCAGAAACACUCAGAAGCAGCGGCAAUUUAUAGCAAGACCCAACAAAGUAAGGCUCGAGAACUGCAAAAACAUCAAGAGCAAGAGCUUCAGAAUCCAAAUCAGAGACAACAAAUGCAAAUGCAACUCUAUAUGCAGAGAUAUGCUCAGCAGCAGGAACAGGAGCAGCAGUUACAGGAGCAGCGGCAGCAGCAGCUUAGGGCUCAGCUUGUUGGUGGCAGCGGUAUCCGUCCUAUUAACAAUGAUCCUUCAAUCAGGCAGAAACGUGCAACUUCUAAUGCUAUGGCAACAAGAGUGUAUGAGGACAGGUUGAAGUUGCCACUCCAGAGAGAUGAUUUAGAUGAUGUUGCCAUCAAGCAAAAGGGAAGUGGUAAUGUUGGUCAGCUUCUGGACCCAAAUCAUGCCUCAUUGUUGAAAGGAGUAGCAGUGACAACUGGCGGCCAGGCUACAGGUCAAACGUCUCUCGGUGCACCUAACAUUUUACAAGGCAGUCUUCAACAAGUUCAAAAUCAGAACCAGCAUCUUCCAGGAUCUCUGGACAUGAAAAGUGAUAUGAAUCCAAUGGUUAGACCUCAAGCUGUUAUAUCAGAUGGAUCCUUUGUUGGUGGACAUGGUACUGGUUCAAAUCAAGGUUGUAGCAAUUUGACUCUGAAAGGAUGGCCUCUAGCAGGACUGGAUCAGCUUCGCUCAGAAUUUCUUCAGCAGAAUAAUUUGAUGCAGCCUCCACAUUCUCUCAAUCAUCUUUCAGUGCAGCAGCAACUUAUACUUCAGGCACAACAACAUGCUGUAGGUUCCCCCUCCGCCACUGAUUUUGAGAACAGAAGACUCAGGAUGCUUCUUAAUAAUCCAAAUAUGGGUCUUGUGAAAGAUGGACGAUCGAAUUCAGCAUAUGACUCAAUUCCUAAUGUGUUGGCUGCACAAGUUUGUUCUCCGAUGUUGACUCAUCCGGAUACAGAUAUGUUCCUUAAGCAACAAAUGCAAAACAGCAGUCACCAGCUUCAACAACAUCUGCAGCAUCCUCCUUCAAACCAGCAGUUGCAGAAUCUCCAGCGGCAAGGAAAAAUUGGUUCCGGGAGCAAUACACAAGAUGGGUGCAUGUCCACCUUACAAGGAAAUGAUCAGGCUUCCAAAACUCAAGUUGGCCGAAAGCGAAAGCAAGCAUCAUCUUCUGGUCCUGCCAAUAGUUCUGGAACAGCAACCACCACAGGACCAUCUACCAGUUCGCCUUCAACACCAUCUACACAAACGCUCGGAGAUGUGCCAAAUCUGCAACAGAAUGUUCCAUCUUCUAAGUCAGUGCUUAUGUUUGGUACUGAUAGCUUGGGAUCACUUACAUCGGCCCAAAAUCAACUGGCUGAUAUGGACUGCCUUAUUGGUGACGGAACUUUCAGUGACAAUGUUGAGUCGCUCUUUUCUGCUGAUGAUGCAGACCCUAGAGAUAAGAUUGGCAAAGAAUUCUCAUUCAAAGAGACCAAAUGUGUUAUGGCAAGCACACAUAAAGUUGAGUGUUGCCACUUCUCAUCAGAUGGAAAACUGUUUGCUACUGGUGGCCAUGAUAAAAAGGUAUCUUUGUGGUGCACAGAAUCGUUUAACCUGAAGUCGACACUAGAAGAACAUACUCAGUUGAUAACCGAUGUUCGAUUUAGUUCUUCAAGGACAUCGCGCCUUGCUACAUCCUCAGCUGACAAAACUGUUCGGAUUUGGGAUACUGAAAAUCCUGGUUAUUCUCUUCGAACAUUCACAGGACAUGGUUCAACUGUGAUGUCACUAGACUUUCACCCUAGUAAAGACGACCUUAUUUUCUCUUGUGACAAUAAUGAGAUAAGAUACUGGAGUAUUAAAAACGAUGGUUGUGCUGGGGUUUACAAGGGUGGCGUAACUCAGAUGAGAUUUCAACCUCGUUUGGGAAGGCUUCUUGCAGCUGCGGUAGAUAAUCUCAUUUCCAUUAUUGAUGUAGAAACCCUCGGUUGCACACUCAAAUUACAGGGCCAUAAUAACCUUGUCCGUUCGGUUUGCUGGAACAAUUCGGGAAAAUAUCUAGCAUCUCUUAGUGAUGAUCUUGUUAGGGUAUGGACAGUUGGAUCAAGUAGCAAAGGGGAGUGCAUUCAUGAACUCAAUGCAUCCAGGAACAAAUUCAACACCUGUGCCUUCCACCCCUUCUAUCCUUUUCUGAUCAUUGGCUGCAAUGAAGCAAUUGAGCUGUGGGACUUUGUUCAGAACAAGACAUUGACACUGGCUGCUCAUGAAAAGCUUGUAUCAUCCUUGGCAGUAUCUAGUGUUAAUGGUUUGGUUGCUUCAACUAGUCAUGACAAGCAUUUCAAGAUCUGGAACUGAAAAUGCAACUUCUUCAUUAUCAAUGGCAUUGACAAUAACUAUAGGGAUAUCAUUUAGUAUUCAUGAGACCUAUAUUUACAAAUUUUUUAAUAUAUAUUUUAUAUAUUGUAUAUACUAUAUAGGUCAUCUUAGUUCCUAACAUGCUUGUAUAGGUCUUUUUUUGGGAGGGAUAUUUGCAUAGGUAACUUGAGAAAUUUUAGAUAUGUUUUGGAUUUUGGCUCAGUCCCUCUUAUAGCUCAUAGUAGGCAUACAAUCGGUUUGAUGAAUUUUCAUACUCCUCAACUUUAAAAUAGAAACACAUUAGGGUUUAUGCUAUGGUGUGGUAAUUGGUAAACCUCAGUGCAAAUACUGAAAUUGAAAUAGUGAUGAUUAAUUAUAGAAGUAUUUGACCACCUUUUUUUCCUUGUG